CAGACCGGAAAUGAGGUCAGAAAGGGAAACCCCGGCGGGGAGACUGGGCCCCAAAAGCGGCGGCCAUUGGAGGUGGCUGCUGCAGCUGAUGUGGCCUCAUGGAUGAGCUGGUGCAUGACUUAGCCUCAGCCUUGGAGCAGACGUCUGAGCAGAAUAAGCUUGGUGAGCUGUGGGAGGAGAUGGCCCUGAGCCCCCGGCAGCAGAGGCGGCAGCUUCGCAAAAGGAGAGGCCGGAAGCGCCGCUCAGACUUCACCCACCUGGCAGAGCAUACCUGCUGCUACAGUGAGGCCUCUGAGUCAAGUCUCGAUGAGCCCAUUAAGGAUUGUCGAGAAGUGGCCCCUGUUGCCAAUUUUAGUGACUCUGAUGACACGAUGGUAGCCAAACGGCACCCAGCUCUCAAUGCCAUUGUUAAGAGUAAGCAACACUCUUGGCAUGAAUCUGACUCCUUCACUGAGAACGCACCAUGUCGGCCCCUCCGGCGCCGGCGGAAAGUGAAGCGAGUGACCUCAGAGGUGGCUGCCAGCCUUCAGCAGAAGCUCAAGGUGUCAGAUUGGAGCUAUGAGAGAGGCUGCAGGUUCAAGUCUGCUAAGAAGCAGCGUCUGUCCCGCUGGAAGGAGAAUACUCCCUGGACCUCAUCAGGUCAUGGGUUGUGUGAAUCAGCAGAAAAUAGGACUUUCCUAAGCAAAACAGGAAGGAAAGAAAGGAUGGAGUGUGAAGCAGAUGAACAAAAACAGGGCUCUGAUGAGAACAUGUCAGAAUGUGACACUGGCAGUUUGUGUAGCAGCAGUGACACAGGGCUCUUCACCAACGAUGAAGGACGGCAAGGGGAUGAUGAGCAAAGCGAUUGGUUCUAUGAGGGAGAAUGUGUCCCAGGAUUCACUGUCCCUAACCUUCUGCCCAAGUGGGCUCCUGAUCAUUGCUCUGAAGUUGAAAGAAUGGAUUCUGGACUGGAUAAACUUUCUGAUUCCACAUUCCUUUUACCUUCUCGACCAGCUCAAAGAGGAUAUCAUGCUCGCUUGAACCGUCUGCCUGGAGCUGCAGCUCGAUGCCUCAGAAAGGGCCGAAGAAGGCUCGUUGGGAAGGAGACCAGCAUGAGUACUUUGGGUACUGAGAGGAUAGGCCACAUUAUUAGUGACCCUCGGCAGAAAGAAAAGAAUAAAGCAUUGGCUUCUGAUUUUCCUCACAUUUCUGCUUGUGCACAUGAGUUUAAUCCCCUCUCUCCCCUCUACUCCUUGGAUGUUCUUGCUGAUGCUUCUCACCGAAGAUGUUCACCAGCACACUGUUCUGCCAGACAGGCAAACAUACACUUGGGACCUCCAUGUUCAUGUGACAUCAAGAGGAAACGGAAACCUGUGGCCACAGCAUCUCUGUCUAGCCCAAAUGCAGUUCACGUGGAUGUAGUGGAGCCAACCACGCCAGCCUCACAGGUCCAGAAAUCUCCAAACCCUGAGUGGUUGGUCAGGACCUCUACCGCAGAGAAAGCCACUGACCCCGCUGCAGCUACGUUUUUUAAAAUGCCACCAGAAAAGAGCCCUGGAUACAGCUAGAGAGUGGGAGCAUACCCACCGGGAGCCGCUGGGUGUCGCGCAGUGCAUCCUAGAGGCCGUGUCGCAGAGCCUUGCGUCUUGCAAUUGACAUUCCCAGCCUUUUUACCACCAGGAUGACCCCUCUUCAGACAAAGCAGUGGACUCUUUCUCUUAGAAAAUCAUGUCGUGCAAAUCUGGUUUUAAGAAAAAAGAUUAGUAAAGUAGUGCAGCAGCAGUUUAAAAAAAAAAAAGGGUCAUCCUCUGCUAUUUGUUACAUUGCUGUUGUUGUCCCAACAGUUACCUGCAGCCCCGUUUACAGAGCUCUUGCUUUUUGCAGGUAUGUCUCUUUUCUUGAGAAACUAGUAACUGCUUUUGCAUACUUUUUGUUUAGAGCUUUUAAUACCGUUUGAGGAAGUCCCAAAUUGGUAACCAGUUCUAGACAGAUUGAAACACUGAGUUAAGACCGGCAUGUGGAAUUGUAUUUGCCAAGACCGGGUUUGCCUUUGAGCUUGGUCUUGAGUUCACUGAUCGUGCCAGUAAGCUAAUUCCAUCAAGUUCUCAUUUUGGAGCCUCAGACAAGAGACACCAGCGGCCUGGACAGUGGGAACUUCUUCCAGUUUUCUAAAUGGCCUAAUAGGACCUCCAGCAGCUGCAUUGUACUUGGCCUUAUUUCCAGAGUUGGUGUUCUCCUGCAAGAGGAUAUCUAUACCCAUGAUGUGAUGAAGAAAAUGGUUUAGUUGUUCAGCAGACUUAAAAUAGUCAGUGGAUUGUGUCUUAAUACUUCAUGUCACAGUGUAAGCUUUUAUGUACUAAAUGGGAAUUUUAUUGUUAGUUUAUAGGUCAAUAACCUGCAGCAGAAAUUCACACUCUAUUAUAAUAAUGGCUUCUUGGGGCCGUACUUUGGGGAGAAAAAUGUCUUUUUGACACGACUUUAUACUUGGCGUGUUUAUGACGGCUCAGCUGCAUGUGGAGUUAUGUAUACAGCCAUGCCUGGGGUUGGAUGCCGCUUUGUCAGAAUGAGGGAUAAGGGACUGCCUGGAGCUGCUAGGGAAAAGCUACCCUUUCUAAAAAAGUAUUAUCAAGAGUGUCUGUCAUUUAGAGGCCUGGUUGACAGAAGGGUUCUUUCCUUGUACGAACUGAGUACAUUUUCUCUGAAAUGCAUAGGAACUGUUCUCAGUGUGCCCACCGCUCUGGUAACAUUCCAGAGGCCAGCCCUGCACCUGGAUUUUUCGGCGCUUGAAUAGGUGCUGAGUGUCAGGACAGAGCUUCCUUCUUCUGAAACGCAGUUGUCCCUUUUGCUCACACAGAAUGUGAGGGUGGGAUGCUCUAUCAUGUUCCCUUUAAAAACUGUAGUCUUUAUCAGUGCCAAGUCCAGGACCUUCUUGUUGAUGGGUGGGUGUGAAUCUAGCUGGAAAGGAGGACUGGAAGGUAAUUUACAUAGCACUUUCUGUAAGACGGAAACAACAGGUCAGCUGUCUGUAACGAGGAGAUUAUGGGUGAGCGAGAGGCAUUAAAGCCAACGCAGCAUCUCUGGGGGCCUCCCCUGGGUCUCAUGUAGUCGUGAGUGUACCUCCCUUCCCUUGGGGCUGCAGCUGUGGCAAUAUAGGAAAUAAAGUGCCUGUCGAAUAUGAAAUGGCACCACCGAAUUGUUGUAGUGAUGAAGGUAGGUUGGAUUAUCCCGUGUGCAUUCUUACCUAGUCCCCAUUGUGUCCUGAGACAAAUCUCUAAUGUAAUUUGUUGGAUUUAAGGGAGAAAUCCAUGGACAUAAUUUUCUUUUCUUUGCACUAAGCUCUGGCUCUUGUAGAGAUGGGUGCUAUGAUCAUAGCCUGUUCAGACCUCCACAAUGCAGGUGGCAUUGUGGCCUAGCAGUUCUCCUUUCUCCCUGUGAUUACACAUAAUUUACAUAGACAACUGUAUUUACAUUGUAAACAUCUCUAGGAUGUAAGGGCAGGUGACUGCUGCCAUUUUUCAAACCAGAAUGGUAACAGUUUAGCAACUUGCCCAGAUAUCACAUAAGCCAAGACUAAAAUCCCCAAUUUUCAGACUUCCUCUGCCCUGGGCUAUAAUCUUUUUUUCAUAGACCUGAGUCCCUCUGAGAGCCAUAAUUUUGAAACCGUGUGUCAUGGAUGUUUAUCAUUGUUCUUGGGCACGCUUUUCUACAUAUUUUGAAUACAUUCAGUGGGAAUUACCCCCAAAUGCCAUAUCUACCUGUACGAAGUGGGGAAGAAAAUUAAUUGCCUAACAAAUAGCCAUGAAUACUUAGCAACACAGGGUUGUAAAUUGUGCUCCUCAUUUUAAGCUGCUGCAUAAGCAUGCUUACCAGAAUGAUUAACCCACUUUCUUUGCUUGUUCUCUGUAUGAAUCAAUUCCAGAGGAGUAACCUUAGAAUGGAGUGUUUUUUGAAUCUUAAAUUUUACAUUUCUUGUUUAUAUGGCAAAGUGUAUGAUGCCAUACACUGAGAAAAGUCUGUUACCUUUCAACAAAGGAUGUAAUUUCAAGAGCAGGUUUUGUAGUCUGUUGAAAAUACUCUCCUAGCAUCACUUCCUUUGAGGGUAGUGAUUGAGCUCACAUGCAUUUGAUCUGCUCAAAACUAGUAACUGAAGCCGAGUCCCAUACUUCUUCCUUAUUUCAGGAUUCUGAUUUUCCUAGCUGGCUACACAGCCUGCCUGUCUGAAUCCUAAGCUUCAAUAUUUUGCACAGUGGGUACAAGUCAAGACAUUACCCACUUGCAUGAACACCGUUCAUAAAAAUUAGUUUUGCUUAUGAAUUUAAAGGGAUUUGAGAUUUUUUUCAUUUUAAGGGAACAAGUUCAUUUGCAUUACCUCCUGUGUUACUUUUUGGUAAGAACUGUGCAGAAGGAAUUAGCUGUUUACAUGGUGCCAAAUUUAGGAGGGGCAGCGUGUGAUCUUUAUUGAGUGGUGUGUGCUUGAUAAAUAGGCACAUUUAACCUUGAAUUCUUUUGAAAUCAAAGGCAGUUGAAAAUACCAGACAGCAUUGUUUUGCUGGGCUGUGGAACAGGCUGCAAACAAGGCCAUUUUGGCAGCAAAGUGACCAAAAGCUGAAAUAAAACUUCUUAGUCUGUGAUGCUUAUGGCAUCCUUUGCUAAGUCCAGCUGCACACCGAGGACAGGUAUUGAAACUACUUAGGAAUCCCACCUAGAUGGCUCUGAUCUGUCCUUAUAUUGUGGAGUCAGAGACAGCCCAGACCACAGCAUGGGAGGUUCUGGAGCUGCAGAGGAGCAGAGCCACCACAGAGGUCACUUAGAGUGUCAGGAGGAAAGCGCUAGGUGGCAGUGUCCUUGCUGAUGUGAUGGCUUCUCCACUUUGGCUCCAAGGUUCCUGAUGAUGUUUGAUUCACUUCUGGUCUUCUAUUUUGACUUCGUUUUUGUGGUCAGAGCCACAUGCAUUUUGUUUCCCGAGGUGAAGACUAUGUAAAAAUCUCAGCAUUACAGGCCGUGUUCAGUGGUCUGAAGUCUAGUGAAAUUUAGCUGAGCUGGGGUGAGAACAGACUGGCUUACUCUAGCAGCUGUGGAUGCAGUCUAGCUGGGGGUGGGGUUUACAGGGUGUAUCAGGAUUCACGUGGUGGCCGGAGGGAUGGUGAAAGAUGCAGUUUGCUCUUGGUGUCAGCUGUUUCCUUUGUUAAUACUUGAGCCAUCUUACUUGUCAGUAUUUGGCGCUCAUCUCCCGCGCCAGCCAUGCCAGCUAGUGGAGUUACUGAUGGUGGUGGCAGUCAGGAUGGGCUCCUAUCCCAUCAAGAAACAGUACAGAGGUAGUUGGUGGGUUCUGUCAAUGCACUAAACUCAAGGUGGCCCAGAGAUGCUUUCACCUACAUUAAGAUCCCAAAAGAGAUGAAUGUCAAAUGCCUGGAAAAGCAACAUAGGAUAGAAACCAGCAAAAUGAGUGAUAUUGCUGAAGCGUAUAGAUUUGUAAGGUUUUUAACAAGCCCAGCAAAACAAACUUAGCCACUGCAAAUAGACAUGAUAAGCAGAUGGGAAAAUUGCCGAGGUUUUGGAAUAUAAACUUUUCAAGCUCAGUAUUGAAGAAUGAGGCAGAUCCUGAAGAUGUUCGCAGGGGAAAGCAAUCUUGGGAAGGCUCAGAAGAAGGCGUGACGAAGAGAAGGGGACAUGCUUCGAACAGAGGUGCUAGGGCCUCUAGACCGACAGCAGCAGGACGAUCCUGUCCCGACCACACCUACUGGAUCAUAAAUGGAGGGUCUGGGGCAGUCUUACAAGCCCUCCAGGGGACUCUGGGGUAGGCUACAUUUGCUUGCAAACCACAGGCUUUGCAUACUUAAAUGUUUUAAGAUGUUGGUGUCCCCCUAUGCUCUAAGGUGCACUUACAUUUCGCUCUAUAAGUAUAGACGUGUUUUAUAUAUGAUUCUUUGCAGAAAUUGUUAAUGUCUUUAUUUCCCAUACUUUUCCCCUGAAGCUCCUAAAAAAUCUCCUGGAAAUAUUGGGAAAGGAUGAUGUGGAGAAAAAUGUCAUCAAGGCCAUAUUUAGGUGGAUGGAAACAACUUUUAACGUGGGUUAAAUAACUGAAUUUUUAGUCCGUGUAUGAUAGUCAUUUUUUACAACAGACCGUAAAACAUUUGUGUAAGAUACUGCCAUCUAUGAUUUCAUAAUAUUUGCUCAUUACAUCUGGGAGAAUGUUGUGUAUUUUCCAGCAUAAUCAUGAUGAAGUCGUUAAAAUAUGGCUCACAAAAAUGAAAAUUGGAGGAAAAAAAGCACCCUGAGUACCUAGUGUUGUGUAAUAAAUACUUGAGUAAUUGGUGGUCUUUUGCUAGAACUUAAUCACACCCUCUUGUCUUUGUUUUAUGUUUCAGCGAUGCUACAGGGGUUGGUGACCAGCAGCAACAGCAUGUUCUGUAUUUUUUUGUUGUCUGACUCAUGGAUUCAGCAUUUCAGAAUAUGGUACCUUAAUUCUAAAGCUUUGAAAUGAAAUCAUGACCAUUUUUUUCUUUAGGUUUUAUUUGUAUGAAUUAGUUCCCUGGUGUCAUUUCCUCAGGUACCCAUGUCGUUCUGUGCCCAGGUGUGAUUUUAUAAAGGUGAUUAAGGGAGGACACGGAGAGGUCUGUGCCACUGAAAGAAAAGUUGAAUCUUAAGUUCCCCUAGAAACGAGGCAGGGCUUGCCAUGCAGGCCCACAGGUCGAAAGCCAGGUUUGGGUCAAGAGGCAGAAGACAGGAGCAAGCACUAGGUUUAGGCCAGAGCUUUUGUUGGGGUUUCCUCUAUGAAGACAAGGCAGGGCAGUGUGAACAGUUUGGAAGUGGCUAGUUUGAAUAAUUCUGGGGCCUUUGGACUAUAGUGUAGUCUCUGGUUGCCUGGUACCUGGCCCUUGGGGUGACUGCUUCCUGGAGUGGAAUUGGCCAGAUGGAGGGGGUAGGGCUCCUUCAGACCUGGUUAGUUUGCACAUCAAAAGUGUGCUGCUGGCAGAGUCCUUUGCUGUCUCUCUGAGAAUCAGCUAGCCCUGGGAGAGACAGUGUUUCCCUAGCCAGAAAGGGGUUUUAAUCUGUUAAAACAUUGUAAUCUACAGAAAAUAAAAAACAGGAUUAACACAUGUUUAAGCUGUUAAGUUCUCCUUUCAGUUUAAAACACCAUAUAAUUUUCCUUUUCCAUCUUGAAAGCCAGUUAAAAAUACCUCUGACCAAAAUGUUAGUGUUACUACAUACUAUCAAGGUAUGGGAAUAUAAAAAGAUUUUUAAGAUGUAGAUUAUGAAAAUUAAUGUUUUCUUUCUCUAGAAGUGAGUUCUGACCCUUGAAGAUCCCUCAUUCAAAUGUUUUUAAUUGAAAAAGAGAAAACAUCAGAGAACUUACAGACGGCCGUGGUGGCUUUGACUUAAAUCAACCUCUUUCAGUGUGUGCAGACCCUGCCUCUUGCCCCUCCCAGCGGGCCAUGUAUCUCUCCAUGAACAGUUGCCAUGAUUUUGCAGACUCCCAAAACCAUGGCGACGCUUCGAAUUGCUCUCAGUAUUCAUCCCACUCCUCUUGUCAGUAGCUAUUGCAAACCAAGGCCGUUUCAAACUCUUCUUACCCCCACCUUCUUUCCAGUUCAGCAGCUAAUCUCCCCCAUCCCGUAGCAGGUAACAGACCAUUAGGCAGGAAUCCCCCGUUGCACACCUUUCCUCACCUCCUUCUUGCAAGUGCCUGUCAUACCCAAGACAAAUCCCUUGUGCUCUAUGCCCUGGGUCCCUCUCCUUUGAUCAGACAGCUUGCUCAGUCUAACUAUAGCUUCUCACUCCUGUCACGGAGAGCUUUGCAUUUGAACAUGUUUUAAAGAUUCCCUCUUCAAACAAAAAUACCUUUCUCAACUCUUUGAACUCCUUGACUACCAAAAAUACUGCCCUCACUUGCACUUCCCAUUCAUUAAUUCUCAAUCCACGGAAGCAGUAGGUUUUAACCCUGGCUGCACAUUAAGACCACCUGGGGAAGAUUUUUUAAAAUUCUUAUUCCCCCAACUGAACCACAGAAAAAUCACUUCUGAAUGAGGAGGCAGGACAGACUUCAUUUCUUUUUAAAGCAAUGGUGCAGGUGGGGCUGAGAACCACCAUACCAAACCCUGGGCUGCUACACUCCCCACCAUUAAAAUUGUUUUUGCUGGGUUCACCAGUGAUUUCCAGGUGUCAAAACUCAGCCCUUCAGUUGGUCAUUAUGACAUCAUCCUGUACAACCACUUCCUUUUUGGAAUUCUCCCUGCUCUGACCCUGCUUUCUCCUGAUUUUCCCCCUGCUCUGCUUUCUCAGUCUCUACAGGUGGCAGGAUCAGUUGGUAGAUCAGUCCAACACAGACUGGAUGUCCCUGUCCUCCAAUAUUUCAGCUAACACCCGUGGGUAAUGUGCCCCUUUGCCAUACCAUCCAAUGCACUGACUUAAAGCACGGACUUGGAGUGAAGCAUUUGCAUUCAUUAAUAAUUGUUGUAGACUUACAGGGAAGCAUGCUCAAGGUCUCUGCUCCUUUGUUUCUCUUGUCCCACAUAGGUAGGAAGAUUUCUAAUCAUAUUUGUCAGAUUCUAAGAUUCAUCAGACCCCUAUUUACUCUUGGAGUUGCCAUUCAUGAAAAGCCAGGCUUGAAGUCUGGUCCCUCUUCUGCUUUCUCCUCUCCAGGGUCUUGGACCAGUAAGGAGGCCUGGGUCUACUUUCACGUACAAGGAGGCUUCCCCCAUCUAGUGCUCUCAGUUUUUUACUUUCUGCUUCUGGUAAGAGUUUAGUUUGGGCUUAGGGUGUGAGACAGACUCAUUUCCUCACUGAUUUUGACCUUUGAUACCAUGUUGGAUCUUGGGGUUUCAGGCUCUAACCCUACUAAUCAUAAAGUGGAACUUGAUUUUCUACUUUAUUACCAUCACGGCAUGCUGCCUCUGAGACUAUAUGUAGGAGUUCCACCCUCACCAGAAGGGAUCCUGUGUGUUCCUGGCUUCUUUGAAUCACUAGUUUCUGAUUCAAAAUCUGGGAUGAGGGAUCUGAUUAGUACUCAUGUGCCUAUCUAUCCUAGCUGCAGGAAGUGAGAAUGAGGUUAUCUGGAAUGUGUAGCUUUUGUAGGGGGUGGACGAAUUCCUCAAACAUAGGAGAGCAGUUCAUGCUGGACAGCUGAUAAGAAUAACAAAGGUCCACUUGGGCCAUUCAUUGUCCUAUUUACUGACUCAGCAAACAUGUAUUCAGCGCUCAGUAACCCAGUCAUCGUCAGGGAUCUUUUGGGGUAGGUGGCUGCUAUGAAGCAGGAUAUUCCCAGGGUCCUUAGAUAUACUCUGCUUGAAGCCAGUCUGACCCUUUCCAGAGCCCCUUAUAAUGAUGAAGAUAAUAAUAAUAAUGACUAGUUACUGAGUGAUUAUUCUAUGCCAGUUGUCAACAGCAUCUCAGUCUUCAACAACUCUAAGGUAGGUGAAUUUAUGUUAGUUUUAAAUGAAAUGAAAUAAUGCUUACAGUUAUAGAGUAACUUGCUCAAAGUCACAUAGUUAAUAUUCAAGCCAGCAUUCACACUGCAGGUCUUUUUGGUGCAUGACUUUCUGUUCCCAGCAACACUCUUUGCUGCCUCUUUUCACAAUAUAAAUGAACGGUUGGUGACCAUGUAUAUGUCAGAUAAGCUGUGUGCCACUGGUCCCGGGUCAUCGGACACUCUUUUACUCCAUUUACCUGUCGCUCCUGGUCAACAUGGUCAAAGCAACUGUGAAUGGGCUCACCUCAUCUCUGUGCCAACAUCAUUGAAAGAAGAUAGACGGUUUCCGUGGCAUCUUCUUAAAAUGACCUAUUUUUAUUUUUGGAAGCUACUAGAGCAAAAGUCAAUAAAAUCUUCGAAACCUGUG